AUGCGCGACUACCAAGACAUCAUCAAGCCUCACUCGCUCUACUGUAACUCCAUCCACGACAUGCUGAACCUUUACGGUGUUGAGGCCGCCCGUGCCACCAUCAUCCGCGAAAUGGACGCCGUUUUCAAGGGUCACAGUAUCUCCGUCGACAACCGCCAUCUGAACUUGAUCGGUGAUGUGAUGACCCAGUCCGGUGGCUUCAAGGCCUUCAGCCGUAAUGGUCUGGUCAAGGACUCCACCUCGCCCUUCUCUCGGAUGUCUUUCGAAACUACUGUUGGUGCUCUGAAGGAUGCCGUUCUCGAGAGAGAUUGGGACGAUCUCAAGGGCCCGAGUAGUAGAAUAGUUGUCGGUCGUGCCGGUACUGUUGGUACUGGUGCCUUCGAUGUUCUCGCCCCUGUAGCAUAG